CAUUCUAUUUACAAGGAAGAAUGGAAAGCAAUGAUGUUCAGUCUUGGGUUUGUAUCCGCACAGAUAUGCACACCCACACAUGGAAUGUAUGUACAGCGUCAGGACAAAGGAACCCCAAUACUUCAUUUGAGAUUUUGUAGAAGAAGUAAUAAUUUCUGUCAAAGCUGUUUUCAAUACUGAAACAACUCUACUGUGUUUAGUGGUGGUUACAUAUAACAGCAGACUUUCACAGUGCUGCGGUUUUUGGUUUUUUGUUUUUUUUUAAUUUUCUGGACUGGCUUUGGGAAAGAACUGCCUUCGUAAGCAUGCAGACUUCAUCUACAUGGACAGUCUAAUGGAAGUACACUUUGACCUCUGAGCGCUCUCUUCAGCCGAAGUGGUGUGGCAGAUAGUGCAGUUAGGAGGCCAACUUUUAUAGUGCAUCCAUAGGAAGCGUCUCCACUACAGCCUUUCACCACGCAGGAGACAGACUGAAGAUGUAGGCAGCUGGCAAAUGUGAAAGCAAUGAAGAGGUGUUCUGAGGUUGGUGGUGCUUUUUAUAGUACUUGCAUUUUCUGGGAAAGGCAUAAGGAAGAUAAACAAGAGAUGAUUGUGGCAAGCCAAGAAGUAGCUGUUGCUGGCCAAGAUAUUCCAAAGAGAAGAUCACUGCUAAAAGGUCUUCAGGCUCCAUCAGCCACCAGCUGAUCAAAUUGCAGCAGUGUGGGUAUUGCCAUGAGGGUGAGCAGGUGUCCCAUCUUGCGCUGUAGCUUGGCUUUUGGUCCUGCUGGGUGAACACCAGAGAGAGCUCAGUAUACAAGCAGAGCACGUUUUAAGAAAGCUGACAAGCCAGUUCCUGUACAUACAUGCAUCUAUGUAAGAGUAUUCCAAAUCCAGGGGCCUCUGUGGCACUGCCUGGAUGUAAGAACUGUUUUAGGUUUGGGGUUACCCUCUGCUUUUUGAGAGAUGAUGCUCCGACGAGGAUUUAUUGUAUUUCUUCCCCGGCUCGCAGGUCUGCUGGUGGUGACCUGUUGCUUUGUGUCUAUUGUUUAUAUGUUGGCUUGCACACCCAAGGGUGACGAUGAGCAGCUUGCCUUGCCUAGGGUCCACAGUCCGACUGGCAAGGAGGGAUAUGAAGCUAUUCUGCAAGAACGAGAAGAGCAGCACCGCAACUAUAUCAUCAGCUUGAAAAAACAAAUUGCCCAGCUGAAGGCUGAGCUCCAGGGCAGAAGCGAGCAGCUCAAGAACAUGCAGGACCAGUUACCGGACUCUUUGGAUAUUCAGCUUGACCACAGCAAUCCAGUGAAGGUCCAGGCUAACCUGCUGGCUUUCCUCCGUUCCCAAAUAGACAGAGCAGAGGUGCACAGUGGCAUUAAGCUGUCCACAGAAUAUGCAGCCGUGCCCUUUGAGAGCUUUACCCUGCAGAAGGUGUACCAGCUGGAAACAGGGCUGACACGCCACCCAGAAGAGAAACCUGUCAGGAAGGACAAGCGAGAUGAGUUGAUAGAGGUGAUCGAGUUAGCUGUUGGGAGUUUGAACAAUCCAGAGGCAGACAGCAAUGCAAAGCAGCGGGUGUACACAGCCUCUGACUUCGUUGAAGUUGAGGUGCUUGUUUCCAGCCAUACAGAGGUACCAGAUGCACUCCAGGAGUUGGGAUGUCCCUGCGGGAUCUACCGCACAGAAAAAGACAAAGGCACGUUGUACGAGCUGACUUUCAAAGGAGACACAAAACACCAGUUCAAGAAGAUUGUUUUAUUCCGGCCAUUCGGUCCUGUAAUGAAAGUGAAAAAUGAAAAUGUCAAUAUGGCUGACACACUUAUUAAUAUCAUUGUCCCAUUGGCCAAGAGAGCCAGCAAAUUUCGACAGUUCAUGCAGAAUUUCAGGGAAGUGGGCAUUCAGCAGGAUGGGAGAGUUCACCUCACUGUAGUUUACUUUGGAGAAGAACAAAUGAAUGAAGUCAAAUCUAUACUUGAAAAUACCUCCAAAUCAGCCAGCUUCAAGAACUUCACCUUCAUCCAGCUCAAUGAAGAAUUUUCGAGAGGAAAAGGAUUGGACAUUGGCGCUCGAGUUUGGAAAGGAAACAAUGUUGUUCUCUUUUUUUGUGAUGUGGACAUAUACUUCACAGCUGAAUUCCUGAACUCCUGUAGAUUGAACACACAGCCAGGGAAGAAAGUGUUUUAUCCUGUUCUCUUCAGCCAGUAUAACCCCAGUAUAAUUUAUGGCCACCAUGAUUCCAUCCCGUCCUUAGAACAGCAGUUGAUUAUUAAAAAAGAAACUGGAUUUUGGAGAGACUUCGGGUUUGGGAUGACUUGCCAGUACAGAUCUGAUUUUAUCAACAUAGGUGGCUUUGAUCUGGACAUUAAAGGCUGGGGUGGAGAAGAUGUGCAUCUGUACCGCAAAUACCUCCACAGCAACCUUAUCGUGAUCAGAACGCCUGUCAGGGGUCUCUUCCAUCUCUGGCAUGAAAAGCGAUGUCUGGAUGAGUUGACCCCAGAACAGUACAAAAUGUGCAUGCAAUCCAAGGCCAUGAACGAGGCUUCUCAUGGCCAAUUAGGUAUGCUUGUUUUCAGGCAAGAGAUUGAGACUCACCUACACAGGCAGAAGCUGAGCAGUAAAAAGACAUGAAUCCGGAAAGAAAGACAAAAAGCUUCUGAAUGGACUUCAGGGUGUUUUGGAAAAGAGCUGCUAACAAGAAUGAGACUGAAAGAGGAUGAAACUUCCAGCACGCUGACAGCAAACGAAGAUAGGGUGUUUGUCCUCCCUUCUUCUGGGCUUUCUUGAUAGGGCUUUUAAGUACUUCAUUAGCCUGCCUGUCCAGAAGUCACUCCUCGGGAGGGCUUGAAUACUUGAUGAGAUUCAAGGUUACAGAAACAGUGAACAUUACAUAAAUGCCAGUGUGAUCUUCGCAGUAACAAAUGGAUGUGCUCUGUUCUAUUGAAAUGGUUGUAAGAUGUGUGCAGUUGUUUAAAGGACUGACCUUUUUAAAAGGCCAAUAAUGAGUUACUUUCUACAUCUAACCUGACGUAUCUAAAAAGGGCUGCUUUCAAAUAAGUACAGAGCUCCUUCUCUGAGAAGCAGAGCUCUGAUUGUUAAACUGGAGAGACCAAAAAUUUUCUUUCCUUAAGGGUGGGACAGGGAACAGCCUCAGUGCACUUACAGGGCAUUCUCAGUUCAUUCAGAGACAAGAGGCAUCUCAGAAAGUACUUUCUAAAAUUCAGAAAAAGAAGGACCUACCAGUCAAGUGUGACAUUCCAAAAAAGCCAGAGGGUAGUGUUCAUUCUCUGCUGUGGACAGUGAAUCAAAAGCAGUGAGCGAUGUCUAUAUCAGCUGAAUAUGAUGGUGUGUUUUUGCUUUAGAAUACUGUAAGUAUCUCAAGAUUUAUUUUUAAAUGAAGUUUGUUUUGUUUGGGAAUUAUUUUGUCAUAUUCAGGUUUUCUACUUCUAGCCUUACUAGGAAGCAGUACAGCCUUCCAACACUUGGAAAAUGCUCUGCCAAUCUGUUUUUCCUGUGGAUAGGAACCUGGUUCAGAUAAAUUAAUGAUUUUUCUGCAGAACUUGAAUGCUGGAAGGAAGAAGCUUUACUGUUCUGAAGAAAUGGAAAUAUAUUUCUUGCAGUACUGAUUUAGCAGGAGACUUUAAACUCUGAAUGCCAGAUACCAAAUGAAUGAACAUUUUGUGACUUUAUACCAAAGGAUUUCUUCUCAACCAAAUCUAGAGUUUUUCCCAGGGCAUUGGAAGUUUUUUAUAGUUAACAAAAUAAAUUUUUGUGAUUGAUUACUGGACCCUGCAAAUGCUCUUAUGAUAAUUAUAGGCACAUCCUAGAAAUUAGUCUCCUUUUUAAUAGAUUUUUUCAAUUGCCUAAAACUGUUGAAAACAUGAGUUAUAGCUAUUAUAAAGCAUUUUCUCUUAAUGCUGACUGCUGUUUAUCAUUUUAAUAUUUACUCGCCAACAAAAAAUGCAUGGACUUGGCAAUUCUGUUUGCUUACCUAAAUGCUGUUUCUCCCAGUGGUCAGUUUGUUUUAUAGCUGCAGAUUAAUUUGAGGCAGUCUGAAAUCAGAUUUUGAUUUGUUUUUUGGCUUGUAAAAGCUGGGGGGAAGAAAUAUGCAAGAUAGCAUUGGACAGUGAAUAAAAUGUCAUUUGUCAUGCUGCUGUGCAGUAGGAAGAGUGCUUAUGAACCUCUUGAAAGCAUUCUGUGCAGAAGAUGCAGUUAGAGAACAUGCUACUGUAAGUACCUCUUCCCUUGAUAUGUAUUUAAAAGAUAUGUGUUUGUCUUUUGUUAGAUGCAAGUGAUCUUCAUUGCACUUCCCUUGCAAAACAGCAAAAGUCCCAAAAGGUUCCAAAAAACGAAAGAAUUGUAAGGAAAAAGAACUCUGACUCUGUAUGGUUAAAAAAACCCAAAUGCGUCACUUAGUACAAAAGCUUGAGCAGUAA